AGUUCUUAUAAAUUGAUUAUUUAAGUUUAAUAGUAAAUGCAAUUUAAAUUCUACUAGUGUAUUCUUGUAAAAAGUCUCCUCUAUGCUGUAUAUUUUUUGUUUUUAGUUCGUAUAAAAUUUGUUCACUUUACAUAUUAUAUACAUAUUUUGAACCUUUUGAAAACUACAUGUAAAGAAAAAAUGUUUUUACAAAAAAGAAUUGUUUUUAUAGUCGUAGCGAUAUUUUUUCAUGUUGUUUAUUGUGAAAAUAAAUAUUCUCGGUCUGCCAAUAUCAAAGAUGAGGAAGAUACAGAUUUUAGAAAAUUAGACAAACCUUUUAGAAUGAAUAAACUUAAUCUUCUUUGGGUUAAAGCUCAGCAGCGCUUAACACUGCCUAAAUUAAAGUCAUUGUAUAGUGAUUUGAUGAUCCAAGACAAACAAGAAAUAACAUAUAAAAGAGUGAGAAGUGAAGGUGGAGAUAAGGAAGGACUUAAAGAAGCUGAGUUAAGAAGAAAACUUACAUCUAUUAUGAAUAAUUAUGGCCUUAGGGAACACUUUGAAGAUAAUUCUGUAAGACGGAUGAAGCAGGAUACGAUGUACAAUGAGGCAUCAGAUAAGUUCAUCAACAAAAGUUUAUUUAAAGACAAAAAGUUGAAUAUGUUGUGGGCUAAAGCUGAAGCUUCAGGCUUUACCAGUGAGGAACUUGCAGCUUUAAAAGAAGAAUUCAGUCAUCAUCAGGAGAAAAUUGAUCAGUACUAUGAUUUAUUAGUUAAUAUGGAAGCAGGAGAAAAAGAUGGUUAUAAAAAUGCUGUCAACGAUGAAGAACUUGACAAGUUUAAUGAAAUCAAUUAUGCACAAGAUAAUGGGGAGAAUUUGACAAAAGAUUUUGUUGACAAAGCUAAUCUGGUGAGAGAGAAGCACAGAGGUCUUCGAGAUGGGUUUGACAGAUUAGACAGGAUUGCAGCUCGAGGACCAUCAAACAAAGAGUUCAUUGAACCAAAAGUGCAAGGGUUGUGGAAGAUGGCAGCAGUUGCAAAUUUUACUGUAGAUGAGUUAGCUUCUUUAAAGGUGGAACUGCAGCAUUACGAGUCUCGACUACUGAAGCUCCGCACGUUACAUGCAGACCAAGUAAGCAAACUUGACAAACAUCAUUCUAAGGUAGCAGCAGCAGGCGAUAAGAUGGACCAUUUCGCAGACCAGCAACAGAUCAUCAAGAAGCACUCCAGAAAAGUUGAGAAGAUGCACGCCGACCUCGAAGGCAGGAUCAUGGCGAGACAUACGGAAUUGUAGACUGAAUACUUUUGUAAAGGUUAUUGAGGCCAGCUAACAUUUUAGAAAAAGUUUUGUUUAUCUAUUUUUAUUUUUAGAAUUAUUUCUAUUGUAUGAUUAAAAUCAAUAAGAUUUGAGCCAAUUUAAUGUUACGUAAACUAUAUAUUGUGGAAGACAAAAAUUUUCUCACAGCUUAUAUUCAGUGCAUUUAUACUUUAAUAUGUGAUCAUUAAACUAAGCAACUGUAAUAUGUUGAAUCUCUAAUAAAUAUAAAUUUUGUUUUACA